AAAAUUGGGAUUUCUCUCAAGAUAUGUACAUGAGUGACAGUGAAACAGAGGAGGAUGGGGGGUACCUGAAAAGAGUGAAACCAGAGAAUAAAUCAAUCGUGAUUCUGAAGGGAUCUAUCGCAGUUGGUGAUCUGGAGUCGGGAGUGGAUUUCGAGAUAGAGGAAGUGAAUAGGGAACUACUGGAUGGGCCGAAUGGGGAUGCCAGAUUAGAGGCGGAAGACAACGAAGAGUAUAUUUCGGAAAUCUGUUCUCCAUGCAAUCCAUUCAAAUCUGGAACUGGAAGUGACGAAGAGGACGGAGGGGACUUGGAUUUGGAAAGCCUCAAGCGAAAAAUGAAGGACAUCACUGACAUGUUCUCGUCUCAUCACAAGGAGCUCAUCUUCAAGCGAGUGCUGGAGGCAUCGCCUCUGAAGGGGGAGCUAGGAGCAGUAGUGUCUAGUGGCUUAGUGAGUGUGGACUACUCUGCCUACCUUGAGGGACAAGAUGAGCCGUUUGACUCGACUAGGAGGCGAAGACAUCCGCAUACAUUUACAAUCGGAGAUUGUUCUACGAUAGAAGGCAUCGAGUUGGGCAUUCGCACGAUGAAAAUAGGAGAGCGAAGUCAGUUCAUAGUUGCGCCUGAAUUGGCGUACGGGAAGUUGGGACUCCCCAAUGUAGUGCCUGCGAACUCAGAAGUACUUUUUGACAUCCAGGUUAAAGACUGUGUUUUGGGCGAUGCCAUCGAACAGCUGGCUCGUAAUCCGGAGCAAGAGGCGAGUGAAGGAAGUCAACGGAGUAGUACAGAUGAUUUGCAACUGAGGUUGAAGGCGUCCAAACAGGCUUUCAAAAUGGGAAACAGCCGAUAUAGAGUGAGGAGCUACAAGGAUGCUCUAAGCCACUACAGGAAGGCGGCAGACAUGGUCAGUUGGGAAAGUGCGAGGGACGAAGCGGAGGAUUAUGUACGCAUGGCCCUAUGGGCUAAAAUCAUGCGAGGAGUAUGCAGAUGUCUUUUCGAGCUGGCCAAGUAUAGACCAUGUCUUGCGGAGUGUAAACAAGUUCUGGAGUACUACCCAGACGAUCCGGUCGUUAAUCUCCUCAAGGGCCAAUGCUUUAUUUUACUGGGAAACAAUAUAGAUGCUGCCAUCAGAGCAUUCGAAAGAGGACUCUGUUCAUGUCCUGGAAAUGCCUCACUGAGUGAAGCUCUCAAUAGUGCAAUCAAGCAAAAACAUAGCGAAAUUGCGGACGAGAAAAAGAGUGUAAACAAUCAGAAACUAGCUGAAGGCAUGCAAAAGUUUUGCGGAUCUUCAAAGCAAAGUGACACAAAAGAACAGCAGAGCAAGAGCCGUGCGGCAAAGUUCUCGAAGCUGAAGGAUAACUUCAAGAACAGAAUACAGACAAAUAUCAUGAAGGUAGUUGAUGGUAGUGAAACUUGGCAUGAUUUUCCAACUAUGAACCUCACGAGUCUCGAGUUUGAGUAUAUCAAAUGUGCGGCUGAGGAUGCUGGGCUUAAACAGGAGGAGCGUGGAGUGGCCGUCGAUGGACGUUUGUCGGUAUUUAAAUCCAAGUGAUAAAAAUAUUUGAUAAAUUUAAAUUAUUGAGUUCGUCCUAGAAUAGUUCCUUGAUUUUGAAUCUGAUGUUUUUUGCUAUUGAGAUAAGUUAAAUGU